AUGAGUGCAAAAAGAAUAUGUAUUGAGAAAGAUAAAAAAACCUCUGAUGAUGACAAAGUUCAAAAAGUUGUCAUCAAUUCACUGGAUUACGACUCAUUAGCACAAAUUUUCAUGUUGCUGCCAGUACCAGAAAGGAUAGACAUUGAAGGAGUCUGUGUCAAAUGGAAAGAGGCAUGUCAACUAUCUUGUCUUCCAAAAGAAAUUAAUGAAAUUCAUUUAUUUUUUGAAUCUUUGUUGGAUCAAAAACAAACACGUUCUAUGCGGAUGCAUGGAAGUUCAUAUGAAGCUAGUAGAGAGCUCUCUGCAGAAGUACUCUACACUAUUUUUUGCACUUGCAAAAAUCUAAAACAUCUUGAUAUUGUACAUUGUCGUAAUGAUGUAGCUGAAAUUCCCCUCGAAAAAUGGAUAAGUUUUCAAAACUUACAAUAUCUUGCUAUUUCUUGUAAUAUGACGCCUGACUUAGCAGAUACAAUCGUUAAAUAUUGCAAGAAUUUGAAACAUUUGAGGAUAAAUAAUCGUCAUCACAUUAUAAAUACUGCUUUAAAAACAUUAACAGAGCUGGAAAAUCUUGAAUGUUUAAUAUUGCUUAAUUGUAUUAAGCUCAAUAAGGAAUCAAUAAUUGCAAUUUCAAACAAUUGUAAAAAACUUAAACGUUUAGAAAUUUCUAUUCGUUCUAUUUAUGACCCUCCUUCUUCCCUGUCUGAUCUUGAUGAGAUAUCAAAGUUACAAUAUCUUGAACAUUUAAAAUUGUGUAUUGGAAAAUCUCUUAAAGAUAGUACAAUUAUUGCUAUUGCUAAUAAUUGUAAAAACCUAAAAAGUUUAGAAAUCGCAGGCUGCAGUGCUAUUACUGAAACAGCUCUCGUUGCUUUAACAAAGCUGGACAAUUUACAAAAACUAGAUGUAAGCUUUCUUCAUAUUACAGAUAGCUUUAUUAGUAAAUUGAAAGGAUUAAAAGAAUUGCAUUGUGAUUUUUGCGAGCAACUUACUGAAGCUGGUUUCAUUCAACUUAUAAAAAAUAACCCAGAUCUUAAAGAGAUUAGUGUCCUUGGUACAGAUAGUAUUACAAUUGACCUAGUUAUUGCUGCUGAUCAGGCAACUAAACAUCGGACAAAUGGUAUUAUUUUACACAUACGAAAAUAUGAUUUGGAACUAACACAAGCUUUUAAGUCAAUUAUUAAAUCUCAAUGGUUGGUUGUUAAAUAG